CUCGAGUGGCGCGGCUUCCGCGGGAGCGCCGCGCCCUCCUCGUCCAAGAGGACAGCGCAGCGCGGCUGGCGAUGAGCGGCGCCGGGGAGCAGGCCCCGGAGGCCGGCGCCGGCCAGUCCGGGGACCGCCCGGCGCCGGAGCCCCCCGGAGGCGCGCUGAGCGUGGACGUGCCUGGGCUGCUGGCGCAGCUGGCGCGCAGCUUCGCGCUGCUGCUGCCGGUGUACGCGCUCGGCUACCUGGGGCUGAGCUUCAGCUGGGUGCUGCUGGCGCUCGGGCUGCUCGCCUGGUGCCGCCGGAGCCGCGGCCUCAAGGCCAGCCGCCUGUGCCGCGCGCUGGCGCUGCUGGAGGACGAGGAGCGCGUCGUGCGCCUGGGGGUGCGCGCCUGCGACCUGCCGGCCUGGGUUCAUUUUCCAGACACUGAAAGAGCAGAAUGGCUAAAUAAGACUGUAAAGCACAUGUGGCCUUUUAUUUGCCAAUUUGUAGAGAAGCUUUUUCGAGAAACCAUAGAGCCAGCUGUGCGGGGAGCCAAUACCCACCUCAGCACCUUCAGCUUCACCAAGGUGGACGUGGGCCAGCAGAUGUUAAGAGCAACAGCUAAGGAUACCUGCUGGAUGGCAGGAUCAUGUUCAUUACCAAGAAGAAAGGAGAGCUGCUGGUUGCUGAUACCACCUCUAAUGAAAGCCUCAGGAUUGAAUUUGAAUAACUUGGGCCUGCCCCUUAGGGUCAAUGGUGUUAAGGUGUAUACUGAAAAUGUAGACAAAAGGCAGAUUAUUCUGGACCUUCAGAUUAGUUUUGUAGGAAAUUGUGAGAUCGAUUUGGAGAUCAAACGAUAUUUUUGUAGAGCUGGUGUGAAAAGUAUACAGAUCCACGGAACGAUGAGGGUGAUCCUGGAGCCUCUGAUUGGAGACAUGCCUUUGGUUGGAGCUCUGUCCAUCUUCUUCCUCAGAAAACCACUGUUAGAGAUUAACUGGACAGGACUGACCAACCUCCUGGACAUCCCUGGAUUGAAUGGCUUAUCUGAUACUAUCAUUUUGGAUAUAAUAUCAAACUACUUGGUGCUUCCCAAUCGAAUCACUGUUCCUCUUGUCAGCGAAGUUCAGAUAGCCCAGUUGCGGUUUCCUAUACCAAAGGGUGUCCUAAGGAUACAUUUCAUUGAAGCUCAGGAUCUUCAGGGGAAAGAUACUUAUCUUAAGGGCCUUGUCAAGGGAAAGUCAGAUCCCUAUGGAAUUAUCCGAGUGGGCAACCAAAUCUUCCAAAGCAAGGUCAUCAAAGAGAACCUGAGUCCAAAGUGGAAUGAGGUGUAUGAGGCUUUGGUCUACGAACACCCCGGACAAGAACUGGAAAUUGAGCUCUUUGAUGAAGACCCAGACAAGGAUGACUUCUUGGGAAGUCUUAUGAUUGAUCUUAUUGAAGUUGAGAAGGAGCGCCUUUUAGAUGAAUGGUUCACUCUGGACGAGGUUCCCAGAGGGAAGCUGCACUUGAAGCUGGAGUGGCUCACUCUUGUGCCUGACGCCGUGAACCUUGACAAGGUCCUGAUGGACAUCAGAGCUGACAAAGACCAAGCCAAUGAUGGCCUUUCUUCUGCACUGCUGAUCUUGUAUUUGGACUCAGCACGGAACCUUCCGUCAGGGAAGAAAAUGAACAGCAACCCAAAUCCUCUCGUCCAAAUGUCCGUCGGCCACAAGGCUCAGGAGAGUAAGAUUCGGUACAAAACCAGUGAGCCUGUUUGGGAGGAGAACUUCACUUUCUUCAUUCACAAUCCCAAGCGCCAAGACCUUGAAGUUGAGGUCAAAGAUGAGCAGCACCAGUGUUCUCUGGGCAGUCUGAGGAUCCCGCUCAGUCAGCUGCUCACGAGCGACGACAUGACCAUUAACCAGCGGUUCCAGCUCAGCAACUCAGGCCCAAACAGCACUUUAAAGAUGAAGAUCGCCCUCCGAGUACUCCAUCUCGAAAAGCAGGAGCGGCCUCCAGACCACCAACAUUCAGCUCAAGUGAAACGACCCUCUGUGUCCAAAGAAGGGAGGAAAAUACCUGUCAAAUCUCAGGUGUCUGCAUCUCCAGGCACCAGCGGGAGCAGCACGGCCCCGUCCACACCAGUCACUGGGGGAGGUGAUAAACCUGGUGUGGAAGAGAAGACCCAGCCCCCUGAGGCCAGCCCUGUGGCCCAGCGUGACCUGGGAAGAAGCUCCUCCAGCCUCCUGGCCUCUCCGAGCCACAUGUCUGUCAAGGAGCCCACCCCCAGCAUAGCCUCAGACAUAUCACUGCCUAUCGCCACCCAGGAGCUGCGGCAAAGGCUGCGACAGCUCGAAAAUGGGACGACCCUGGGGCAGUCUCCGCUGGGGCAGGUCCAGCUGACCAUCCGGCACAGCUCCCAGAGGAACAAGCUCAUCGUGGUGGUGCACUCCUGCAGAAAUCUGAUUGCCUUCUCAGAAGAUGGCUCUGAUCCAUAUGUCCGCCUGUAUUUACUGCCAGACAAGAGGAGGUCAGGGAGGAGAAAAACCCACGUGUCGAAGAAGACAUUAAACCCAGUGUUCGAUCAGAGCUUUGACUUCAGCGUGUCACUCCCUGAGGUGCAGAGGAGAACCCUGGACGUGGCAGUGAAAAACAGUGGCGGCUUCCUGUCCAAAGAUAAGGGACUUCUUGGCAAAGUGCUAGUUGCUUUGGCAUCUGAAGAGCUCACCAAGGGCUGGACCCAGUGGUACGACCUCACCGAGGAUGGCGUGAGACCACAGCUGGUUACGUAGCCACACGGACAUGAGGGCGACCUGGGACCUGCUGCCUCUGUCCAAUCGCACCUUCCUGCAGACGUACCAAUGCUAUUUUUAUAAUUUCAUGUACUUAGUUAUGCCUACCUUGAUGAUUUUAUAAAACUGUUGACAUUUUAGGCAAAUGUGGCCAAUAUGGUCGUUAAAUGUGCUCGUUUCCUUCUGUGCUUCGCCUGGCCUGCCACGAGCAGCAGGGCUGGCGUUGCUGCCCAGGGAGCGCUGACCCUCUGUGCCACGCCUUGUUCGUCCACCUCUGAGGUGCCCUAUGCCGUGUAAAUAGACUCUAUUUUUUAUAAUCUUUACAUGUUGGCUUGGAUUCAGAAGAAAGUGGAUCAAGGAAAUACAUAUUUUCUUCUAAAACUUGUUAAAUUCUUGUGACAAAUAAUCAUUUUCAUCUUUGCAGCAGAAAGUUCACAGUGACCUAUUUUGUGGUGUUUCUUUUUAAAAAGAAAAUUUAGAAAGAUUAUCAAGUAUCUUUAUUAUAAAUGAUGAUUAUCCAUUAUAAAUGAUAAAAGAAAGUAUUCAGAAUAUUAAUGUUUUCAUAAAUACAAAGAUGUACUAUUGAGAAGUCAAGAGAAGGGCUUGUAAGGAGAAGUGCUGUGUGCCUGACUGACAGAAAAAGUGGAGAGAGCUGUGGCGGUCCACAAACGUCUGUUUUAAUUGCUUAUUGCAGCUGGUUCAUGCAGCAGUGCAAAGAUGGACACCUGAGGCUUUCCUGAAAGUGAGGCUUCCCAUGUGUGUCAUGGUCCCCAGAUCGUGAUGGAGGCUGGUUGUCAGGUUCCCAGCCUACGACGGCAGGAGCGAAUGCCGCCAUCAGGUUGUGAGGGACAUUGGUUCAGGUGGGGAGCUGUUGCUAAAGCCUGAUGACUGGCCUGUUCACUUGAAGCAGAGCCCAACUUUGCCACUCUGCCAGAACACAGGGCCCCACAGUUCCCAGGGAGCUCUCCCACUGCCAGCACUGAGGCCGUGAGGCCCAGCGCUACCUGGGGCUCCUCCCUUUAUGCCAUUGCUGACCUGAGUAAUGGGGUGUUGUCAUGCAGUCCUUAUUGGGGCUUUCUUUCUGUUUAGAUUAGCAGAGCACGUUGGUAGACUUUCGUGUUCCCAAGCCUGGUCCCAGGCGAGGCUGUGGUGGUGUGAGUCAUGCAGGCCUGCCAAGGGUGCACUGUGCAGAACGGCUGCUCAUCUGUCCCAGGCGGCAGGACGAGAGGGGAGAGGGCUGCCCGGGCUGUGGGAACACGCAGAGCUCCUCAUGCCAGUGGAAGAGAGCGUGCAGUGUGCUUCCUGGGCUGGCCACCUGCCGGGAGCUCACUCCACCAGACGUCCCAAAGUGCCUGUGGCUGACGCCGACUGUUGCUGCUCCUCCUGUCCACCACAUGAGUUUCUUUCCGUUUGUGGCUCACAUUCUUCUCCACGGUGAAUUUGUAGUGGAGUCUGUAGCUUCGGCUCACGUUGCCUUUCACCGUAGGACCAGUACAGUCUCGCUGCCUCCUGUCUGCUGGCACUUUCCCCUGAAGCCUGUCAGUCACUCCAGUUCUUACCAGGACUGUCCUGGGAAGAAGUUAAUGUGUCACACACACGUGACCUAUAUGUACACAGAACAUUUAAUUGUAUUUUAGUAGCCAGAGAGCAGUAAAAUCUUAUUAAUAUCUAGUUGUUUCUUGGUAUUUAGGUGGUUUUUUUUUUGAAGAUUUUUUUUCAAUUGUUGAAAAAUUAGGUCUACUGAAGGCUUCUGUUCCACUGUGUGAAGGGGAAGAUGCAUCAGAAUUUUCACCAACGUCCUACACAUCUGGGCUUUGCACUUUUAAUUGCUUCACUUAAUAGAAUAAAAUGCUUUAUUUAAGCAGCUAGGCAAAAUGAAUGCAGUGAAGGGCAGAGAGCCUGCAGGAGGCCAGGUGGGCAGCAGGACACGCUGCCCUCUGCUGCCGUGAGUGGGGAGAGCUGUUACCCAGGGUUUGGGUAUGAGGUCCCCACCAGCAGGUCCUGAGACCUCUGGGAAGUCCCUCAGUUCUCUUUAAAAGGAAGGAAGGGGCUGGGCUAUAGUGCAGAGCUCACCUAGCAUGUGGGUUCCGUGCCCAGCGCAGGAGAAGGGCAAGGGAAGACCUCAGGCAGUGUGUGUCUCCCUGACAGCUCUGUCGCAGCACGUGGGGAAGGCGGGCUCCACACUCGGGGUCUGACCGGGGAGGCACCUGGGUUGUCCUCAGAAUGUUAGCUUUGGGUCUCUAACAAUUGAUCUGACUACGGAAAGCCAAACAAAUGGAGGAGAAUUAACUCAGAUGAAGUUUGAAGUGCAGUUCCGUUGGCUUGUGCCCGUGGGUUGCCCAUGCCCUGCCUUAAAGUGGGAAGGUGUUGUUGACAAGUGCCAGCCUGAAACAGGAGCGCCUUGGAGAUGGUUCACACAGUUUAUGUCUGCACUCUGAGGAGAGGUCAGUCCUCCCAGACCUGAAGGCCAGUGCUCCUAGACUGGGCAGCUGUGUGUUCAUUCUGUGGUUGCUGCAGAACUCUGCGCCAGCCGGAUGGUCUGCCCUGCUGGAGGGUGGGGAGGGCCUGCCAAACCACAGGAAGUCCUUUUUGCUUAACCAACUUCACAUGAGAGUGCAUGUAUUUAUUCAAUAAAGCUUUUACAGUAUCUCA